GCCUCUAAUGGGCGGAGUAUAUUCUUCCAGGAUGUGUACGUUCUCAUCUCCCCCACACUGAGCAAAGCGUGUGAAGCAGUCGCCCUGUCUUACCCUGUGUGAGAAAUGGAUGCUACUCAGAUGAUCUGUGACUCAAUCUUGGAGUCAGAUGAGGAAGAAAAUGAAGAGGAGAAUACAAUUAAGACGGGACGACCAUUGGCUAAACUGUGUAUCUUAAAAAAUGAGCACAUCCCUGAGACAGAGUUACCACUCUUCUUGGGAGAUAAUGUGCUGGGCCGUGACCCCAACAACUGCACCCUGCCUUUGCCAGCACCCUCGAUAUCCAAGCAACACGCUACCAUCUGCGUCUCUGUCUACAGGAGAAGAGGUUAUCACAGUAAAGUAGACGUAGAGGCUUUGGUUUGGGACCUAGGGAGCAUGAAUGGGACCCACAAGGGCCACUUAAAGCUGACUCCUAAUGUACGCUAUGCCCUCAGUGAACGUGAACGUUUGGUGGUGGCAGACAUCCCAUGUCUGUAUGUCAGCUGCGCUGUAGACACAGUCCCUUCUCAAGGGGACAUGAGGACUCCUGUAAGCAGUAAAUCAGGGGUUAAGGCCCCGUUGCCAGAUGCCUCAGGAGAAAAGGGAGGUGACACAAUCACAGGCAGCAAGAAAUGUGUCAUUGGAGGUACUAAAACUAGGGUGUCAUCACCUGAUCAGGAGGACACAAGGGAGACUCCUGUCAGAACCAAUUGCUUGUCCUUUGAGCAAACUCCAACCCAGUCACAGGGGACCCUGGUCCCGGAAUCUGGCUCAGACUCAGACGGAGAAAGAGGAGACAGGAGGCGCAAGGCUUUGGUGUCUGAUUCGGACUCCUAUAAAUCAAGUCCCACAUGUUCAACAUUCCUGAGUCCCCCAAACAAAAUCGUCCCUGAAAGUGAGGAUGAAAGUCCCAUCACACCGUCCUCCUCCACUAAAAAUAGGCCUUACAGACAUGUCAGCUUCAGCAAGGAGGAGACAGACUUAGAUGUGGGGCAACAGCAGCCGAUAAAAAAAAAGGCACCUGCAGUUGUGGAUGACAGUGAAGAGGAGGAAGAAAGGGAAGAAGAAAGAGCAACACUCAGAGAGAGAACGUCUGGGGACAAAAAAUCCUCACCACACAGAAACACAGAAAGUGGACAGGAUGUGCCAGUGAAACAGGAAAGCAAUGUUAGUCUUACAGGAGAAGAUGAACUGCCUGUAUCCACACCAUCAAUCUUCACAGAUUUGAUUCCUGCAUUUGACAUGGACAGUGACACUGAUAUGGAGGGAGACGAGGAAGGAGUGGUCUCUGCGGGACCUGUGACCAUGAAUACAAACCAACAAGCUGAUCAGCCACCAGACACAAGCCAGCUUUACAUGGACAGUGAUACAGAUGUUGAUGAAGAUGAUUAUGUCUCAGACAAAGUUCCCAAAUCUCUGCCUUCCUCUGCUGACCACAGCAAUCCUACUCAUGUAAUUUCAGUUAUUCAACCAGAGGGCAUCACUAUGGACAGUGACACUGAUGUGGAUGAUGAAGAUGCUGCUGUCUCAGACGCUGGUACAAAAGCAAAACCCACGUCAAUUCAGAGCACACACACAACUGACUCUGCUCCUUCACCGCAGCUGAAAGACUUCCACCUAGACAGUGACACAGAUGUUGAUGAGGAAGAAGAAAAGAAACAUGAAACAAAUACUACAUGCUCUACAAUAGAUGAAACUCCCACUAAAUUAGAUAUCAAGCCACUUGGGCCUGAUUCCAACCCUCCUGCACCUCAUAGCCUGCAUCCAGACAGUGACACAGAUGAUGAAGUUAUUCCUGCCCUUGCCAUCAGUGAACCCUUGAUGACGUCUGCCGUCACAGAAUCAUCCACCUCUGCAGAUGCAGGAGCUGAAUUGUGUAUUUUGUGUGACAGCGACACAGAUGUGGAAGACGAUCUGGUCAUACCUGUUGCUGUCCCAAUCUUGUCAGUGGGUCCUGGUAUCACAACAGCGGCUCUUCAGUCAGAGUUGAAAGCAGAUGUUAAUCCAGACGACCUCAGAGUGGACAGUGACACAGAUGUGGAAGAUGAGAAGGUGGAUAUUGGAGAGGCCGGAGAGGGCCAGAUUCCUAGCUUCCCCAGAGAAAAUACACCUGGGUUUCUGGUUCCUCUAAAGCAGAACUGCUCCACUCCUAUACAGGUGUCAGAAAGAGAAGUGGAAGACAUGGAGACUCAGGCUUUCCUGAGCCCCUCCACAGGUCCAUUUAGACGUGUGGUAGCUCCUGCUAUUAGACCUAUACCAUUGUCUACUGUCUCAGACAGCCAGGAGGAUGAUGAAUUUGUCGUGGCUGAGACACAGUCCUUUGUCCUUCAGACCAGAGACUGCCAGGCCAACCCUCCAGAGGACCACACAAUGGACCCCACCCAAGCUUUCGACCUUGAUUCUUCUGGUGAUGAACAUGGCGAACAGUCCAACAGAGGAGGGUCUGUCCAGCUGGGAUCGUCCGACAGUAACCACCUGCAGGCUCAGGCUCAGGCCCAAGCUCUAGCAAUGGAGAGCACCCAAGCUUUUGUGCAGUGUGUGAAUCUGGAAGAUACCCAAGAAUAUGCUGCCAUCUCAAGUGCAGACAGAACCUCCAUGCAGAAUGAUUCAAAUCUGGAGGCUACGCAGGCCUAUGGAGAGAAUGAGGAACCAGUCCAAUGUUUAGUCAUGUCUGCUAAAGAAGGUCAGUUAGAUUUAGCCCUAGAAGCAACACAGGCAUAUCUUUUAGAGCCCUCCAGUGAGGAUGAAAGCAGUGAAGAUGAAAGAAAAAACACUGCUACUGCUGAGACUCAGGCUUUCGACUUUCCUACUUCAUCUACUCUCGCCAUGGCUGAAACCCAACCAAUGUCUGCCUUGGAGGAGGAGGAGGAGGAGGAGGAGGAGGAGAGUUUGAAUAAAGAAAAUCCUAUUUCCUCUGUAAUAGAAGUUAAGUCCACACCACAGAAUGGAACAGAUGAGAGGGAAGAACAUGGGGAGGCAGCUAAAUCUCAAAAGAGCCAUCUCAGUGAAGCUCUGUCUCUAGCUGAAACUCAGCCAAUGCGUAGAAGUGACAAUGAAGAAAGUGAGGAUGAGGACUUCCUUCUGGGUCCACAAAUAAUAAAAGCAAAUCCACUGCAGCUUGGAGAGGAGCAAACACAAAGACUCCCAAACUCUGAGCUCUCUGCUGUAGAUACUCAGCCAAUGAAUACAGGUGAAGAUGGAGAAAUUGAUGAAGAGGACUGGAUUCCAGGUCCACGAAAAAGAAGAGCAAAGCAAUUGCAACAUGAAGAGGAAACACAGCCCCUCGGUAAUUCUGAAGUCUCUGUUGUUGAAACUCAGCCCAUGGGUAGAGGUGACAGGGAGCAAAGUGAUGAAGAAGACUCAAGUCCAGGUCCUAGAAAAAGAACAGCAAGGCCACAGCAAAUUCAAGAAGAGGAGACCCAACCACUCACUAAUUUUGAGUCCUCCACUGUUGAAACCUUGCAGCCUCCGAGGGGAAAGGGGAGACAAUCUGAAGCUGGGACCAGUGGUACCACUAUUAGAGGUACACGAGGGACAAGGGCAAGAUUAACAGAAGCGGAGGAGCAGGCAGAGUGUUCUGAACCUCCCAAGAGACAGACAAGAGGGAAGAAUAAAGCUUUGCCAACUACCAGAGGAAGGAGAGGAAAAGCAAGGCCUGAUGAGGAGGAGAGUGAGGAAGAGGAGGAGGUAGUGCAGGCUAAAGGCGCUGGAGGAAAAAAAUCCAUGAGGGAACAGAAAUCUACGGAAGAAAGGCUUGAAACGGAGAGAAACAAGCACGCUGAAAAAGCCAACCUAAUGAAGGAACAAGAAGAAAGGAGGGAAGCCAAAUUAGAAAUGGAAAGAAAAGAGAAGGAAGAAAAAGAGAGGUCGCAGGCUAAAAUUGCAAAAAGGUUAAGACUUGAGUGGGAGAGAGCAGAAAAAGAUAGAAUAGACAGGGAAAGAAAGGAACAAGAAGAAAAGAAAAGAGCUGGUAAGGCACAAAAGGAAAUAGAAGAACAAUUGGGCAGGGAAAGAGAAGAGAAGGAAGAAAAAGAGAGAUUAGAGCACGAAAAUGCCGAAAGAGAAGAAAAAGAGAGAUUGGAGAUGGAAAAAGGACAGGAACAAGGAGAAAAAGAAAGUUUGCAGACAGCAAAGAGGGAACAAGAAGAGAGACUUGAGAGGGAGAAGAAGGAGCAAGAACACCAGGCGAGACUGGAGAAGGAAGCAACGGAAAGGGAAGAACAAGAAAGUUUGGAGAAAAGAAAACAAGAAGAAAACAAACCCAAAACACCUGCAAGAAGUCGAAGAACAGCCAGAACAACUGCUGCCCUGCGUGCAACCGAGCCGGAACGAGACUCAACCGUAUCAGCCAAUGAUUUUGAUGAUGUCCCAGCGAGGAGAACCAGAUCUCGCUCUAACUCAUCCAACUCUGUCAGCUCAGAAAGGUCUGCUCCAAGUGUGAACACCCAGGGGAGCAGGGGGAAAGGCAGAGGAGCAAAGGGGACCAGUAGGCCACCCCAGGCCGCCAUUGUCAGAAGCACCAAUAGAAGGAGCACGGUGGCUGCAGAGGCAACACGAGUAACAAGUAAUGAUGUUUCCCCUCGGGGAGUCCGUUCUAGGUCCAACUCCACCAACUCAGAGAUUUCCAGCUGCAGCGUGAGCUCUCAGGGCAGAGGACAUGGAGGCAGGCAGCGUGGAAGAGGGAGGAAAACAGAAGCAGAGCCACAUUCCAUCCCUCCUUUCAAUAGCCAGAGUGAACCAAAUUUGGCUCCCAAACCUACAGCCAGAGGCAGGAAAGCAGAGGAAUCCUCUAACGAGGUUCGUCAUGAGGAUGAAAAUGAGAAGUCAGACUCUCAGCAGGCUAGUACCACAAGAGGGCGACGCCGAGCCAAUGAAAACAGCUCUGAACCUGCUGCUGCAGAUAAGCAAGGCCCUUCUAAUCAGGAGGAGAGAUGUGCCAGUGAAGAUUCACCUUUGCCUAAAAGGAAUGUCAGAGGCAGAUGCCAAAAAGCGGUAAAGAGCGAGACUGUGGAGGCACUAGUAGCUCCUGCAACCAGUGAUGGAGAUGAGGCUAAGGACAAAAGAAAAGGAAGAAAAAGAGAGUUGCAGGCAAAUAAAGAAGAGGAUUCCAGCAGUAGCUCCAAAGUUUUCAAAGGGAAGGAGAAAGCCCAAACACCAGAGGCAGCAGAGGAAGAAGCAAAUUGUGAAACAAACGAUGACAUUCCAGUCCGAGCUAAAAGAAGAGGUAGAGCAUCCAGCGCUCAAGCAAAGAAGAACGCAAAAGAUUCCCCCACCGAAGGGCAGGUGAAAGAAGAGAGUGAGAAAAUGGAGGAGGAGACUAUUGAGCGGAGAGGCAAAGGUCGGCCAUCAAUGGUCCAGAAAAAGAAGAAAGAGGAGCAGGGAGAAAGUGGAACAUCUGUUGAACAGGACGUGGAGGCAUCAGAGCCCCAGGCUCCAACCAGCAGUGGAUCCCGGAAGCGACAGGCUCCUGUGGACUCCUCACCUGUGGCAAAGACCCCUCGUUCCUCCUCUGCGUCCCCAGCAGUUAGUGGUCGAUUACGACCUUCCAGCCAGGACUACAAGGUGCUGUUCACCGGUGUGGUGGAUGAGGGAGGGGAGAGAGUGUUAGCUCGGUUGGGAGGCAGCAUGGCUAAAGGCGUGGCAGACAUGAACUGUCUGGUGACUGAUAAGGUCCGCAGGACUGUCAAGUUUCUGUGUGCCGUGGCUAAAGGAGUUCCCAUUGUCACCACACACUGGCUUGAAAAGAGUGGUAAGGCUGGGAGCUUCCUGUCUCCUAGUGCUUUCAUUGUGAAGGACCUGGAGCAGGAAAAGAAGUUCAAUUUCUGCCUGCAAGAGUCUCUGAGGAUUGCCAGCAGUCAGUCUCUCUUACAGGGGUAUGAUAUCCAUGUUACAAAGUCCGUGAAACCAGAGCCAGUUCAUAUGAAAGACAUAAUCUCUUGCAGUGGAGCUACCUUUCUUUCUAAGAUGCCCUCUUCUCACAAGCCUCAGACUGUAGUUAUUUCCUGCGAGGAAGACUGGCUGCUGUGUGGCCCAGCUCUCUCUGCAUCUCUCCCAGUCGUCACGGCUGAGUUUAUUCUCACAGGGAUCCUUCAGCAGAAACUUGACCUUCAGACCCACACACUCUCUGCCCCUGGAAAUACUGUACAGCCUGCAGGAGGCAGGGGGAGGGGCCGAAAGAAGAGUUAGCACCACCAGGGUAUACUGUAAAAACCGUCUGUGAAAAUCUGCCACAGUGGGGGUUUUUCCAUCGCUUAUAGAUUCCUUUUCAAAUAAGAGACCGGUAUAAACACUAGUGAGUCAGCUGUUCAUCUGUAUUAAGGACUUGAAGAAUGUAUAGUAACACAUUGUGGAUGUAGUAGCAUGGGUGCAGUUUUACAGUGUUUGCUGUAGAUGU